AUGGCAUCCCUCAUCACCACCACCGACGAAAAGGGCCGUCGCUCCUCCUCUUCAUCCCGCAAGGGCCCAUUGAGCCAUGGCCGCGGUGGCGCUGGCAACAUCGGCAGCACGCCCUCGGACGCCGAGCCCGUGACGCUCGACACGCCGACGCUGAAGGGCGACGUGUACACGACGGGCCGCGGCGGCAGCGGCAACAUGGCCAAGAACUCGGACCCGGAGGCGGCGCGGCGCGCGCAGGACGUCGGCGGGCACCCGCGGCGCGAGUCCACGCACAGCACGCACGUGGGGCGCGGCGGCGCGGCGAACGUGUUCCGGCCCAGCCAGGCGGAGGUCGAGGCCGCGAGGCGCGAGAACAGGGUCUUUGAGGAGGCGGUGGCGGACGAGAAGGCGGAGGGCUGGGCGGUGAAGGGGUUGGCGGAUCGGGGGAAGGAGUUCUUGAGUGCGUUGGUUGGGGGGAAGAGGAAUUGA